AUGGCACCAUCUUAUGAGUACCAUGACGAUGACGCCUGGGACCGUUGCGAGGCCAUGUUCGAAGCGAUACUGGACAGAGUUCACAAUGAGGACUUCUAUUAUGAGAUAGCAAGGUUCGUCACAAAACAUCGAAAAGGCGGCAGUCCGAAGACGUUCUUCCCUCCACGGAAAGGAGGCUUCAACUAUUACUACCGAAUCCAAUACUCUGACGGCAAGUCUGUCAUCAUUCGCUUCCCUCUUCCAGGCUUCUACCGAAUCGCCGAGGAGAAACUCCAUGCUGAAGUAGCUGUGAUGCGCUAUAUCAAGGAGCACACAACUAUUCCCGUACCCUUUAUUCUUCACUACGGUCUGACGGACGAGAGUCCUGGAAAGCUUGGCCCUUUUACCAUCAUGGAGUACAUCGAGAACUCUGGAGACCUUCUCGACGUUUUGCACUCGCCAGACCGCCCGCUGACAGAAGGGGCGCCUCUCAACCCGGAGAUAAGUGAAGAAAAGCUUGAGUACCUGUACGGCCAGAUAGCGGACAUUAUGAUCCAGCUGUCUCUGUGUGAAUUCCCUCGAAUCGGCUCUCUCGGUUACAAGGAUGGUGAGGACAAUGACAGCGACCCGGGGGACCCGGACGUCAUCUGCCGCCCAUUGUCUUUCAAUAUUACACAGCUGGGGGAAGUCGGAGGCGUUCCUUACUUCGACCUACCGGCCACACCCCAAACCUUCUCCAGCUCUUCUGAAUACUGUUCUGCGCUUGCCGACAUGCAUCUUCAGCAGCUGUCGUUUCAGCGCAACCAGGCCGUCGAGUCGGCUGAUGAUUGUCGCAAGAAGUACAUCGCAAGACAGCUGUUCCGCAAACUAGCGGCCGAGCGCCGGCUGACAUCGCCCGAGACAGGCGGCGAGCCCUUCAAGCUUUGGUGCGACGACCUUCGGCCGGCCAACAUUCUCGUCGACGAAAACCACCGCAUCGUCGGCGUCAUCGAUUGGGAAUUCACCUACGCCGCCCCCAUCGAGUUCACGUAUUCGCCGCCCUGGUGGCUGUUACUGGUCAUGCCCGAGGAGUGGAACGAGGGACUCGACGACUGGGCGGCGCAUUACGCGCCGCAACUCGAAAUCUUCCUCCGGGCCAUGGAAGCCAAGGAGCGCGAGUUCAUCGCGAAGGGGCGUCUCCAGGAGUCGCAGGUGCUGUCGUCCCGCAUGCGCCGCAGCUGGGAGACGGGGGAUUUCUGGGUGGCGUACGCAGCGCGCAAAUCGUGGGCCUUUGAUGGCAUCUUUUGGACGAGCAUCGACGAGCGCUUCUUUGGGAAGAGGGAGGGCGACUUCAUGGAGAGGCUCAGCCUGCUGUCACCGGAACAGGCUGCUGGGAUGGAGGCCAUUGUGGAGAGGAAGCUGCGGGAGAAGGAGGAGUGCACGCUGAUUGAUUGGUAUGACGAGAGCACCAAGUCGCAGCUCCCGCCAGAUAUCCUCAGCAUGGGUUCGGGCAUGUCUGCGCCGAUGGUGCUUGAUGGGCUGGGUGAACGAGUCAAGGAUCUUGCGUUGGAAGAGAUCACUGCUUCUCCGUGA